AUGCUUCCAUCUGCAGCCGAGUUAGUGGCGCGAUUUCUAAGAGUUAAUGGAUACAACCAGACAUUGAGCAGCUUCGUGCAGGAAGCCGAACUGCCUCCUGACAUUGGAGCAGCCCCCAAUGACCUAGUCACGAUUGAGUCUGUCUUGCAGGAGAAGAAAAAUUUCGAUUUGAGCCUCAACUUUGAAAAGCUUGGUAUUGAUGACACCGAGCAAGAAUGGACUAUCCAAGCACCUGCCGAUCCCAAGGUCGUUGGAACUCUCCCAAAUCGGUCGAAUAUACUUAGCAUUGCGGUCUUGGAUCUUCUUCUACCAUCUGCAACAGACGUUCGGCAGUACAUUGCGGUCACUACUGCUGACCGUCACUUACACUUGAUGGAUCCGCAAACUCAAGAUUUUGAGCUUGCUCACACAUUUUCCGGUUUCCAAGAUUCACCGACUUUGGAUGUCGUCCCUGUAGAUACUCAACAUAUCUUGAUCGCCUCAAUGUCAGGCAAGCUAAAUCUAUUCAAUACGGCCGGCAGCACUGUGAUAGAAGAGCGCAAAGACCACAAUAAAUAUCUCGUCAAGAUAUCUACUUUUUCAGUAGACGGGACUUCCAUCUUCGUCGCAAGCGCAGGUUGGGAUGCUAAGGUGUUCCUAUACAAGCUCGAUAUCAGCGCCGAAAAGCCAAGGCUCGGGGACCCAAUAGCAACUUUAACAUUACCCAGUAUACCAGAAUCAACCAUGUUUGUCAAAUUGCCUGGAGAUGGCACGCCUGCCCUCAUAGUUGCUAGAAGAGACUCUACAUUCCUGCACUAUUACUCCGUUCCCAGCUCAGAUUCACCAAAUUUCACCCUUCUAGGGAAGCAAAACCUUGCUCCUCACUCAAACGCUUGGGUGGCGUUUACUCCCUCUGAUAUACAGAUGUGUCCUACAAAUCCACACAUGGUCGCUGUCGCAACAUCAAGCACGCCACACAUGAAGUUGCUAAUAGUAAAGCUUCUGCUCCCCCCCACACGCUUCUCUGGACCCGCUGCGGGUGUUAACACACACUCAGAUGGAGCCGCCACACAAGCGUCGCAAGCUCGGGCUGAACUGGCUGUUGCGGAUAAGGAGGAAGCCGCUAUCUUAGUCAACGUAUCCACUCUGGCGCCACAAACAUCCUACUCAACGCCACGCUUGGUUUGGCGUCCGGACGGUUCAGGCGUGUAUGUAAGCUCUGAUGAUGGGGUCGUACGCGGUAUCGAGGCAAAGAGCGGGAAACUGAUUUCGUCUCUGGAGGCACACGACCCUGGUUCCAAACUCCGUUGCCUCUGGUCUGGUCAUAUCAUAAAUAAUGACAAAAAGGAUGAGUACCUGAUAAGCGGUGGGUUCGAUCAGAAGCUCAUUGUUUGGAGAUCUCAUUGA